AAAUAAUUGGAUAAUUGUUCUGCAACUACAUACAUUCUAAUUGCGAAAGAAAAAACAGAAAAUGGUGGGGAGUAGUAAUAGCAUUAAACUAUUUGGUGUUGUCAUCAAUACUGAGUCUUGGAUGAAUUUACACAAGGGAAGAAGAUGGAGUGAAGAUGAACAUAAGGCAUUCUUGGUUGGAUUGGACAAACUUGGAAAAAGAAAUUGGACUGGAAUUGCUAAACAUUUUGUGUCAAGCAGAACACCAACACAAGUAGCGAGCCAUGCCCAAAAAUAUUUUGACAGACAAAAAGAGAAGAGAGCACUCAAACGCCACAAGUCCAGCGUCUUCGACAUUAAUUUGGACAAAGAAUCCUCAAACACUUGUGUGGAAUUGGUGUCGAAAAAUAAGAAGAAAGGAAAACAAGUAUUGAAUGAAGAAAGUCCAAUUUCACCAAUGCCAAUCAGUUACAGACUUCCUCCCAAUGUUCCCAUGGCAAAUUAUUCGUUGAAUGCAACUCCACUAGUCCACGGGGCUACGUCUCAGUCUAGCUCUGUGUCCGUGGAUAAUUUAGAUCUAACUCUCUAGCUAUUCAAGAUAUAACAAGAAUGAUUUUUGUUUUGACAACAUUUACCCAAUUUUAAAUAAAGCUUGUUUGUUGUA